AUGUUGGGCAUAGUGCCGGUAAAUUGGUUUCGUGAUCGUGAUGACGCCGCUAUUCCGAAAACAAGAUUUAAGCUACAUUUAGGAGAAAUAAUCCCCAAACCGAUGAGAAUUGCGACGCCCUUUAAUCGCCACACGUUGAGAUUAUCACCUGAGGCACAAUGCAGUAGAGCCCUCGUUGGCCUCCAAGCCGGCCGAUUUCUGGAGGGGCGUUACAAUCGUCCGUAA